AUUGGCAAAGUAGUGGAUGGCGGCAUCGGUCGAGGCAUUAGCAAGGAAUCGACACAAUAUGCCAGUCAAACACAUUGAAUGAUCGCCAGGAUACUUACGGGGACCAUGUACCAGUGGUCUGAGGACAGCAUCCUCUUCGCCUGUCUCGACGGCGACAGACACAAACUAUCCAGUCUCCUUCAGGGUGGCGCAGAUGUCAACGCAAGGUUCUCCCUCGGAAUUCGCAACCUCACACUCCUACAUAUCGCUGCUGAACGCGGAUUGGAUGCAGUCGCAAGGUUGUUGCUUGCUAAUGGUGCCCAGGUUGACCCAAUAGACCACAAUGAUUGGACGCCGCUGCACCACGCGUGCAAACAUGGUAACCGGAACGUCGUCGAUGCUCUUCUUGACUUCGGCGCACCCGUUGAUUGGGCAACGGCUGGAGGGGUUACACCACUCUGGCUCGCUUGUAAGUGCGGACAGUUGGAGCUUGUUGAUGUACUGCUGCAACAGGGAGCAAAAAUAAACGCCAGAGAAUUUCACAAUGGUACGACGGGACUGUACAAAGCUUACCAGAGCAAUAGACGCGAAGUAGUCAAGCUUCUUUUGGACCGAGGAGCAGCGACCUUUGAUCUCCUGUCGUCACUUCACUUGGCGACAUUUUUAGGAUUAGAGGAGAAGGUCAAGGCCAAACUGAGCAAGGGCGGCAUCGUCGACAGCAGAGAUAAAGAUGGGAGAACGCCAUUACAUGUAGCAUGUGCAUCCGGGAAUCUCAGCAUAGCAAAUAUCCUGAUCGAAGCGGGGGCAAAGGUCAACGCAAAGGACAGAUGUCGAUGGACGCCGCUUCAUUACGCAGCGGAAAGGAACCAUGUAGAAAUCGGUGAAACGUUGCUAGCUAAUAUGGCGGAUAUCAAUACGCGAGACUACAAGGGAGAGUGCGUCAUGCACGUGGCUUGCUACAUGGGCAACGAUAGAACCGCUGAACUGUUGCUCGCGAAAGGUGCCAAUGCUAACCAGGGAAACAAGUAUGGGGAAAGUCUACUUCACUUUGCCAAGAAGUCGACGACAGUAGACCUACUGAUUCGAUACGGUGCCGACCCGCUGAAUGUGGACAAUUAUGGGAACACUCCACUCCAUCGCGCGUGCGCACGCAGCGACGUCGAUACGGAAUUGGUGACGUCAUUUAUCAAGAAUGGGGUGGAUAUAAAUGCCACAGAGAACCAGGGUGGCUACACGGCUUUGCAUCUCGUUUGCAAACAUGGGAAUGCGGAAGUGGUGCGACUUCUGCUCCAACAUGGCGCCAGCUCAGAAGUGCGAGAUCAGAUCCUAGGAUUUACUGCCCUGCACACAGCAUGCGUCCUAGGGAAGAUCGAUGUAGCCAAGAUCUUGAUUGUGAAUAAAGCGGACUUGGAAGCUUUGGAUGACAGUGACAUGACGGCCAUUCAGGCCACCGUGCAGGAGUACAUGGACCGCAGCAGUUGUCUGCAGUCUAAGUACAGGCACCCGGAGUUCAACCCGGGCUGUCUGGUGGCAACCAUGAAGUUCUUAAUCGACGCCGGUUGUCGCUUGGAUACGCUCUACAAAAGCGACAUCUUCAUCAAGCUGUAUCAAUCCGACAGAUCUGUUGCAGCGUUCCUAUUACAGUUGGGAUGUGGGGUGAUUUCAUCUGUCAACCGGAACUUGAUUCGUAAGAUCCUGAAAUCAGGUGACAUUGAGUUGGUGGCGGAGCUGCGCAGCUGUGGGUACGAGGUUGACAUUGAGGAAGUGAUCGGCGUGUGUGAGAGGUUGGAGAAUGGCGCCACCAUGCUGCGCGAGAUCAUCGGCGUCUACUCCGAGCCGCCAUCUUUACAGGACAUCUGCCGCACACAGACAAGAAAGACCAUCGCUCAGGUCCAUGUCAACUCGACCGGAUCUAGUUUCACGUCAUCGAUGACGUCACAGCUAGAAGUAGCCAAUAGCAUGCAACCUAUUGUCGCACAGGUGCCCCAAAGUCGAUGGUCCCGUUUCAAGAAGGCUCUCCGAUGCAGUUGUUCCUGUCUCGGAAGACCUCGUCAUCGAUCGGUGAGGUCGGGCCCUAUCCGCACGCGCUGCGGGAUUCUCGGGAAUCUUAUCGAUGACCUCCCCGUACCUAUUGGUCUCAAACACUACCUUGCGUUCAACACCAUAAACUACAGAGUACUGCAAACGUAGAGGGCAGCCUUUCAAGAAACCAAACAUGUCAAAGAGACUUUUGAUAAUCUGUAACAUUUUAUUAUGGAAACGUCCAAUUGUAAUGAAGACCUCUUUUACAGUCUUGUUCGAAGAACACAAUUCAAAAUAUUUGCCUUAAAGUGACAAUAUAACCGAAUAGAUACGUACCGAUUUCCAGAUAAAUAGAUAACUACCUGAAUGGACAUUUCUAUGUCCUGCCUUCGACAUGCAUACCGCCGGGUAAUUCUCUUGCAACUUGAUUGGGUCGUUGGUUUUAAAAUUACGGAACAAAGGGAUGUGAAAAGAGCUGUCCAUUUAUAUUGAGUUAUCUGUUUACGGUAGUACGCACAGCACAAGGCCAGUGGAAAUUGAUUGCAAACUGCAGAGUAUUUUAACGAUGAGCACGACAACAGGUGAAUGACUCUCUACCAGUAGAAACACAAAGUAAAAUAUGGCACGAUAAUUUCAACAAACAAGACGAAACAAAGUUUCAAACGAAACGAUGGUUUUCACUAAAAUACUUCUCUUUAUAGAACUUCCGCGGCAGAUGUACAAAUUAUAACUCUAUUCAUUUAGUAUUUUUGAUUGAUCUCAUCUGUCUUUAAAAUCCAUAAGUUGAAAUAUUUGCAAUGAGCAUUGUCACAGGAAAGUUGCAAUACAAAUCUUUUGGCACAACUCCUAUAGUGGUC